AGAGAAAACAGCAUCCGAGAAAAUGCAAACCAGCAGCGCGUCCGUGGUGCAGUACAUUUGGAUUGCCACAAAAACUUUCACGAUUGAUCAAGAGCAUUUGAAAUUAAGUGCAAGCGCAACAAAUAUGGCAAGCACAACCGUUAAAGAUGCGGAUACCGCUCGUGUUUUUAUGCAACGCUACGGAAGCCAUUUUCCAGCUGGCGUCCACACACUUGGUGGUGUUCUCUUCCGUAUCGUAGAUGCAGAGAGCGAAAGCAAGAAAACAACAACCGUUUUGGCCGCUAAAGCUGCGAACCAACUUCAAGGUCAAAUAUCUUUUGGAGUCCUUGCGGGAUUGGGUGGAAUCGGUGUAAGUAUCAGUGGCGAAAACAAUAACAGCAGCGGUACAGUAGAGGCGCAUGACGAAAAGACCGAUGACGUUUUUUACACCUUCUCCUCUCAAGCUAUGGGUCCUGCUACGACAAACCCAGUCACCUUUAACAAAAUGUUGGCGAAUAACUCAACUUGGGCUAUAAUUGAUCGCGGUAGCCCAACUGCAUACAUACCAAUUUGGGAGAUGAUACGAAAUACUGACCCCGUCUUUGAAGAAGUAGCAAAACAUCUGGAAAACACCUGGCGCAAAGAUGAGGAAGAGAGAAUGCAUGUAAGUGUAAAACAUUAUGUUACGUCAUUAUCACUCAACAAAAUAGCUUGAUUUAUAUUAAAACCAAUGGCGUUCAUAAUUAUGUGCCAUGUUUAAAACAUGAGGAGGAGUAUUUUAUUAGAUAUAAAACUCGAGGCCCAGCCCAACGUUCUAUGUCUGAUAAAACACGACAACGAGUGUUUUAACGAAGCUUAAUAUACGACCAGAAAAGAAUACUAAUUAGGAUAAACAAUUGUAAAAGAAUACUAAUUAGGAUGAACAAUUAUAUAAAGCCACAUGCAUGCAUGUGUUUUAUCAGAUAUAAAGUCACCGCACCUGACAUAUUAGGCCUGACAUGAAGGUUUAUAAAUUAUUAAUAAGCAUUUUAAGUACUGUUUAAUAAACGAGCAGGAGAGUUUUAUUAGGUUUAAAGACACGAGCGCGCAGCGCGAGUGGCUUUAGACCUAAUAAAACACGACCUGCGAGUUUAUUAAAAGGCUUCAAACACGACUACAAAUUCAAUAGAUAUACCGCCUUAUUAGUAUUCUUUAUAUAAAAAAUACUAAUGAGGACACGACAACAAUAGAUAGUGCCUGAUUAGUAUUCUUUAAAUAAGGAAUACUAAUUAGGAGUGUUUUAUCAGGUUUAAAGCCACUGCACGUGACAUAUUAUGGUUGACAUUAUUUGCCAAUAAGCUUAUGAAUUAUUAAUGAGUGUUUGAAGUACUAUUUAAUAUAUGUAUAUUACCGAGUGAGCAAUAACACAAUAUGAUAUAAAAUUUUCUGUGCUGAAUUAAUAUAAACGAUUGUGUUUACGACAAUCACUGCUGCAAACAGGGGUCUGGAAAUUAUCAAAUAUCUCAAUCGAGAAACGUUUUUUCAUGAUGUAUUAUCCUGGGGGCUAUAAUGAAUUUGUAUUAAUUGUUUGAUAUUUAUAUUUGGCUUCGUUCUCGCUUAACUUUACUUAUUCUGGUAGCAUUAGCGGCAUGUAGUAAAACACUGACUACCAGAACACCGGAACACCACCGGAACACCACCAUUUUGUUUGGGGUUAGGUUUUGGGGUUAGGGGUUAGGGUUGGGGUUAGGGUUAGGUGUGUAUAUAUAUAUAUAUAAAUAUAUAUAUAUAUAUAUAUAUAUAUAUAUAUAUAUAUAUAUAUAUAUAUAUAUAAUAUAUAUAUAUAUAUAUUAAUCAUCACGAUAUGGCAUUUAUAAUUUUAUAUAUGUUAAUCACCGUAGGUAAGUAUAUUUUAGUGAACAGGAAAAGUUGAGACUGAGUCGGAUAAAUGUAUACACAUAUAUUACAAUUCGUAUUGUGUCAAGCUAUCGAAGUAUAGAGUUCCGUGAUGGUGUUUACUUAUACUACCUUAUCGACAUACAGCCAUAUUUGCUACAGAAAGAAGAAAGUUUGGCAUAAAACUCAAUUUUUAAGGCGGAAUGCCUUGGUUAUUAAAUUUGAUCGAUACAGUCAAUCCUGGACAAAACAAUUUGCGACACUUUAUUAAACUAUUCCUUUAUGUUUUAUUACCAAUUUGAGGGGAAUAAUUUACUGGUUUGCCCACCAACUGGUUUGUCCAGGAUUGUAGCUCACAUGAUGUACAAUCCGAGUAAAUUAGCUAAUUGUUAAAAUUAUUUUUCCAACUGAAGAAUUAAAAAAAACCCUAUAUCUUUCACUUUUAUAGCGUGAUGCGGAUACGAUUAUCGAAGAACCAACAAAUAAAGUAGGUACAUCAGAAUUUUUUCCAAGGAAUAUAAAACACCGUAUACCUAUUUUGUUAUUUGUUAGCGUAAAUUUAUAUGCGUACUCGUAUUCAAGGCACGCGAGAAAUUACCUGGCACACCAAACGUGUUUUCCAGGCCAAUUAUAAGGAGGCGUCACGUGUCGAAUCACCAUAUCGUUCAUUGUUCCAUUUAAAUCCUCUGUUUGCGUACACAAGACAGUGUAAUAUAUGA